UCUCGGUUUCAGCGCGGGAGUAAGAGAGAGUGAGCGAGAGGUAAGAGUGAGCGAGAGGUAGAGGGAAAGAGUCCUCAGCUGUAGAAACCUGUGUCUGUGUGGCGGCAAGAGGAGAGUGCGAGAAAUGGCACCGUUGAAGGCUCUGGAGCAAGAGUAUCCGAUUAUAGACUCCAACUUCCAGAGCUUCUGUGCUUCUCAAGGCAUUUUCUCAGGUGGAUUACGCGAGGGACAGUUAACUGAACUUGUUGGGCCAUCAUCUUCUGGUAAAACACAACUUUGCCUACUAGCCGCCUUCAAUGUUGCAAAGGAGCAUAUGUGCAGUGUUGUAUACUUAGAUACAGGCAAUUCUUUUUCUCCCCAACGCGUUAAACACUUUAUUUGUCGGCGUUCUGACCCUGCCAUUGAGCAGGAGGAUAUCUAUUUGUUCCCUUCUGUGUACUGA